AUGAGGGCCCUCUUUGUGUUCGCCGGUCUUCUGGCCGUUGCCUUCGGCACGGAGAACUUUGUGGGUCACCAGGUGCUCAGGAUCUCAGCCGCAGACGAAGCCCAAGUGGAUAAAGUGAAGGACCUGGAAGAGCUGGAGGACCUCCAGCUGGAUUUCUGGCGGGCUCCUGUCCAUCCCGAACUCCCCAUCGACGUCCGCGUCCCAUUCGCCAGCCUACAGGGGGUCAAGGUCUACCUGGAGUCCCAUGACAUUGACUACUCCAUCAUGAUCGAAGACCUUCAGGAAUUGGUGGAUGAGGAACAACUGCACAUGUCACGCCGGCACUUUAUGCCCUUGUCGAUCGAGACCUUUAACUACGCUUCCUAUCACAAUCUGGAUGAGAUCUAUGACUUCAUGGACCUCCUGGCGGCUGAAAAGCCCAGCUUGGUCAGUAAAAUCCAGAUUGGCCGGAGUUACGAGGGUCGCCCGAUCAACAUCUUGAAGUUCAGCACGGGGGGCGUCAAGCGGCCGGCCAUCUGGAUCGACACCGGCAUCCACUCUCGCGAAUGGGUCACGCAGGCCAGCGGGAUCGUCUUCGCCAAGAAGCUUCUCGAUGGUUACGGCAAGGACGCAUCCGUGACCUCCAUCUUGGACCACUUUGACAUCUUCCUGGAGAUCGUCACAAACCCGGACGGCUUUGCUUUUACUCACUCCAAGAAUCGCAUGUGGCGCAAGACCAGGUCUAUCAACAGCGGGUCGUCCUGCGUCGGAGUCGACCCCAACAGGAACUGGGAUGCUGGCUUUGGAGUGGCCGGCUCCAGUGGGAACCCCUGCUCCGAGACGUACCGCGGACCCCGCGCCAACUCCGAGCCCGAGGUGAAAGCCAUCGUGGACUUUGUGAAGAGCCACGGCAACAUCAAAGCCUUCGUCUCCAUCCACAGCUACUCCCAGCUGCUCCUCUACCCUUUCGGCUACACCAGCAAGAAGGCGGCCGACGCACAGGAACUGGAUGCGCUCGCUAAGAAGGCGGUCGAUGCGCUCUCUUCCCUGCAUGGGACCCAAUACAAAUACGGCAGCAUCAUCACCACUAUCUACCAAGCCAGCGGGGGUACCAUUGACUGGACCUAUGAACAAGGCAUCAAGUACUCGUACACCUUUGAGCUGAGAGACACGGGGCGGUACGGGUUCAUGCUCCCUGCCAGUCAAAUCAUCCCAACCGCCGAGGAGACCUGGCUGGCCCUGAAGGUCAUCAUGGAGCACACGCGGGAUCAUCCGUACUAA